AUGAGAAAAAAGUAGGGAGAUGGUAAAUUUGAUAUGAAGAUAUUGAUAUUUGGGGAAAUAAAAAUGAAAAUAUAGUGAUGUAAAUAAUUAAAAAUAAUUAAUCCAAUUAAUUAUGAGUGUCAAAUUUUUAGUAACAAAUGUGAGAGCCUUAAGAUUGGGUAAUGGAUUGAUUUAGAUAAGAGAGUUUAUUUCAGAAAUAAGUAACUUAUUAAGGUUAAUAUAAAAAUAGUAAAAAUGUUGGUAGAUGGGAUAUUUGGUUUAGGUAGUAUGAUGAAAAAGAGUUUAAAUAAAUGUAAAAUUACAAUAACAAGUUUGUGAUUAAUUAUUCAAAAAUAUGUAAGUGGCGGAGGAUCAUAUGAUGAAAAUGGAGAGGAAAUUAAAAUAGGAAAGUGGAUUGAAUUGGAUAAUAGGUUUUUUAAUUUGAAAUAAGUAACUUAUAAUGUGUAGAUAAUAAUGGGAAAAAAGUUAGUACAUAGGAUAUUGCAUAUAGAUCAUACAGCAGCGAUCCAUUUUUAGUAAAAUACUUUAAAAAUAGUGCAAAAUUAAUUAUUUGCAAAUAGACUAGUGGCAGGGGAUGGUGACAUUAAAAAUGGGAAAUGGGUAGAUUUGGAUGAUGAAUUAUAUAAUCUCAAAUAAAUAAUCGAAGUAGGUGAAUAAAAAAAUGGUAAAAAAGAGGGUAAAUUGGAACAACUGGAAAGAGAAUUAUAUAAAAUCGAUGAAGGAUUCAAAAAAGUAAAAAAAACUACAGCAAUUUCCUGA